CCUGAGAACAUGGCGAAUUUCACGGAAGCAACGUCCUCUCCGCAGUUUGAAGACUUGUUAAAAAAGGCCGGCAAUUCACUCACGGUGGUCCAUUUCCUAGCAUCAUGGGCGCCCCAGUGCACUCAGAUGAACGAUGUGAUGGAGGAGCUGGCGAAGGAACACAAACACACCACUUUUGUCAAGUUGGAAGCUGAGGCAGUGCCAGAAGUAUCAGAAAAAUAUGAGAUCAGCUCAGUGCCCACCUUCCUCUUCUUUAAGAACGGGGAGAAGAUUGACAGGCUGGACGGAGCUCAUGCCCCAGAGCUGACUAAGAAGGUGCAGAAGCUGUCCAGCGGGGGGGCCAUGCCGGGGUCCGGAGACAUCCCUAAAGAGGAUCUUAACGAACGUCUGAAGAGACUGAUCAACGCCGCGCCCUGCAUGCUCUUCAUGAAGGGCUCGCCCCAGGAGCCCCGCUGCGGUUUCAGCCGACAGAUCAUUCAGAUUCUGAAGGAUCACAGCGUCCAGUACAGCAGCUUCGACAUCCUGUCUGACGAGGAGGUGAGACAGGGUCUGAAGACCUACUCCAACUGGCCCACGUACCCCCAGGUCUACGUCAACGGAGAUCUGAUCGGGGGACUGGAUAUCAUCAAGGAGCUGGCUGAAUCCGGAGAACUUGAAAACACCUUCCCUAAGAGUGUCUCUCUGGAGCACAGGUUGAAGUCACUCAUCAACAAAUGUCCUGUGAUGCUGUUUAUGAAAGGCAAUAAAGAGGCAGCCAAAUGUGGAUUCAGUCGUCAGAUCCUUGAAAUAAUGAACGGCACGGGGGUGGAUUAUGACACAUUUGACAUCCUGCAAGAUGAAGAGGUCAGACAAGGACUGAAGACAUACUCCAACUGGCCCACAUACCCACAGCUUUAUGUGAAAGGAGAACUGAUUGGUGGACUGGAUAUUGUGAAGGAACUCAAAGAGAAUGGUGAGCUGGUAUCUGUCCUUAAGGGGGAGAGUUAGAUCACUGCACGUCUGCUGAUAGGUCAAGAGUCAUUAUACUAACACUGCUGAUUGGAAGAAGAACACAGUGCCAGCACCUCUGUUUGACAGGGAAACAAAAUCAGCUGCAGACUUCUGCUGCCAAUGGAGAUUUGACUUAAGAGUUCAGAACUGAAUAAAUCAAGUCUUAUUCCAACUGAAGUACUUAUUUUGUAUUGACUCUCUCUAUAUACUCAUACAUGUAUUUGGAGAUCAUACAAAACAAAUAUCAACCUUGAGAGAAGCUGCAAGUUCAAUAAAUUCAUCUAUGUCACAAUGGUGUCCUUCAUUGUUUUAGGAAUAGAUAUCAGCUACCAGUUUUACCCAGUGUUAACUGGAUUAGAACGUUGCUAAUAUUUGACCUGUCAUUUGAUUGUUAAUCAUUGUUGUUGCCAUGGUAAUUCUGAGUGGCUAGGUGUUGCCAAGACAGGAUGUGGCUAUGGGAAACCUAGGUCUCCUUUUAUCAUUGUUUUGCCCUGCUGUCAGAAAUUAAAAUGUAUUAGAAUAGUUCUGUUUCCCCCAUUUAUUUGUACCCCCUACUCUACUCACUGUUUCAAAGUGAAUUGUGUGGAAAAUGAAUAUGAAUUGAAACGGCUUUCCUGGAACAAACUGUCCACCGCUGUUAUAACAGCACCCCAAAAAUGGCUCUGUCAAACAAUCAUCAAAAAUCACAAGCCUGUCACCUCCGGCACUGUAUUUGUGUUCAAUUGUAAGGAGACAUUAUUUGGGUUAAUUUAGCAGUCCUGCGGGGCCUUGCGGCUGGAUAUUGGUUCGCAGCAAAAAAUUA